AAAUUAACGCACUUUUUUACGAAACAAACAACGUUUAAAUAAAAUGGAAAUGGCCAGCAGCGCAGCUAAUAGUGCUCUAAGCAGCGCCACUUCGCGUAGUGGAAAUGCGUUGCCCUCGCUUUUUGGGGACCAUAGCGUCAGUGGCGGUGUCGGUUCAACAACUGCUGGCAAAGAUCUUGAUGGUCUAAUGGCCAUGAAUGACAGUGCUCUGUCGCAACAAAUCGAAUUUAUAUUGCAGGAUGCUCCUAUGGAGCAAGACGAUGAAGUUGUAAAUGGAAUGGUGACGGAAAAUAGUAUUGUCACUAGCAAUAAAAUAAAAUUAAAAAACCCACCGAACAAUAUCAUAACAAGCGCUUCCGAUUAUAAUCACUCAGCGGAGGGAACAACAAUUGUCGCCAAUACGCAAUCUGCUCAACAGCUAAACCAGUUGCAUGAGCGUCGCAUAAUUAUACAAUCAAGAGCUGUUGCCGCUAUUAAAGAGGAAGAUGAUAUGGAGGAUCCAGAAUUGAAUGAUGAAAAUUUACAAGAUAUAGCAGAGGAAGCGCAGGCCGCAGACGAAGAUGAAGAUCCACCACAUUUGCACACACACGUAAAAUUAGAGCGACAGGAUCCGAAUGAAAUGAGUUCAGAUAAUAAUAUGGAAUAUAUCACAACACCAACAAUUACUACACACCAUUCAGCACUUGUGUCGCAGGCACCACAACUGGUAUUGCCAGCUGGUUCAAUAGUAAGUACUUCCGGCAGAGCUUUAUCAGUUCCAGUAUCUGAAGCAUUGGUACAACUACAACGACGUCCUGUUUACAUAAGCAACUCUUUGGGCGGUGUGACGGGUGCUACAUUCGUGCGUAUGCCUGCUGUUAUAAGUAGAAAUCCAAUGACAGUGCUUAAUGUAGUGCAGCAAGGUGUGCCUGUGGGUGGACCUACAACACAACUCAUUCUGCAAGCAGCUCCAGUUUCAAAUUCAACAGCAACUUCAGUCGUUGUGAACUCUAGUAAUUCUGCCAUUGUAGCCGCAAGUUCAACAAAUACUUCCUUGCCCAUAACUGACACAGUUGUUGCUGCACCAUCCACAGCAAUUGUUUCAGCAUCUUCCACAACCGCUCCAUUGCCAUCAAGUUCAACAACAAUCAAUAAUGCACCUGUUAGCGCAUCACCAUUAUCAACUUCUAAUGUUGUCGUCCAAGCAAGCUCAACACCGACUACCGCUGCAGCAUCCACCACUACCACAACUUAUCAAUGCUUAGAGUGCGUUGAAAAGUUCGAUUCUAAAGAACUAUUCGAUAUCCAUCGUUCCGGUCAUGCCAAUAACAUGAAAUGCGCUAUUUGCAAUAUGGUUUUGAAGUCUCUCAAGAACUAUGAGAAACACUGUCUGCGUUGCAAGCCUUACGAGUGCCAGAUAUGUGGGCGUGUUGUACGUUUCAGACCAAAUUUUAUUAAACACAUGCGAGUUCACACCGGUCAGCAAUCGGAACGACACAAAUAUAAAUGCGAUGUCUGCCACAAAGAGUUUAUGAGCUUCGAGUACUUUAAGGUGCACAAAAAAAUUCACAACGAAAACGUUAAUCUAACAUGUGAAAUAUGUGGGAAAGUAUUUAGCGCUCUAGCAUCUUUACGCGGUCAUUCAAAACUACAUUCUGGCGUUAAACUACAUAAAUGUGAUGUUUGUGGUAAAGGCUUUGGUCAACGUUACAAUUUAAAAAUUCAUGCUCGCACACAUACUGGUGAUUUUCCUUUCGAAUGCAAAAUCUGUAAUAAAAAGUUGCACACGCAAUCCUCGCUUCAAACACAUAUGCAGGUGCAUCAACGUGAUCAAACCUCUCAAGUAACCACAACUAUUAAAUAUGAGCAAUCCUCGUCCACUACAACAAGUAGUGGCACUUCAAACACAAAAACUUCUACUACACCGGCUAUAGUGAAGUUGGAACCACAAUCAAGUCUUGAUGGUCCCAGCACUAGCGGGUUGCAACAUCAGCAUCACGAUGAUAUGGAUGAUAAUUCAGGCAUGAGUGAUGGCAUGCAUGGUACACACAUUGUAACUACUACAUCCACUAUUAAGAAUUCACAUUUAACUACUGGUGAUGAUUCUUCGAAUGAAUCAAACGCAUCUCAUGAAUUGCAACGCCACCAACACCAACAGCACCAGCAACAAUUGCUUUUAUCCACACCCACACGUACUAUUGUUUUCAAAAAUUAUAUGCAAAAUGAUCCAAAUAUAAGUGGCAUCACUCAGCAACAAACUCAAGUUAUACAGGGUGUUGGUUCGAGUAGUACUUUACAGCAACAAUUACUGCGUAAAACACCAAUUAUACAUUCAACUGGUGGAGCCACAACGCUUUCUUCCGCACUAGCCAGUGUAGUGCAACAAACAGGUAUAUCGCCAUCACCAUCACCAUCGUCCUCUUCAACUUCGUGUUCCUCAUCUGUUGUGGUCUCUAAGACAUUAGCUCUUGGUUCUGUUGGCAUUGGUACCUCAACUAUACGUAGCACACAUAAUCAUAACUCGAAUUCAAUCAGCAACAAUCAUCGUGCAUUGCAACGCAAUAACCACCGAAACCACCACCGACAUCGCCAUCCAGCUGAUUUGGAUGAUGAUGAAAAUGACCACGAUCCCAAUUUACAUCGUGCUACAAAUGGCCGACAUUUUGAUGAUGAUGACGAUGAUGAGAAAUCUUCCCCGUCCCUGGCUACAACUGCCAUUAUUAAAACUGAACCAAACUUUUACUCUUCCGGUUCGGGUGAUAAUUCAAAUGAUUUACUUAUUAAAAAGGAAAUAAUGUUUGAAGAUUCAGCCGCGCCGCAAUCUCCACAUUCACCACCGAGUUCAAAAUAUCGCAUAUCAAACUUUGAUAGUGAUCUUGUAGACCACCAUGUCGAUUUAACUCAUGUGCUGCCACCUUACGGAAAUCUUUUCGAACCGCAUUCCAUACCUGACAGCAUACCAACACAAUUAUAUCCAGAUGACGAUGAUGAUUUUCGUUUAGAUCAUAGCUCAUUAGGUGCUCUACAUAAUACAUCAUCCUCUACGAAUGAUGGUGAUUUUAUUAAAAAAGAAUGGGCAUACGGAGCUGGUUCCAGUUACACUAUGAAUGGUAAAUUUGAUGAUGAUAGUGAUGCACUUUGUGAUGCUGCAAGUUUUAUUUAUAAUUAAAUUCAUAAUUAAAUAAUUUGGACAUAAAAUGAAAGCGGACAACUUACCACUCUAUGUUAACUGAUGGAUUGAAUUCAAAGAGUAAGUUAAGUAUGAAAUUGAUGGGUGAUGAGAUUAGCAAACAUACAUAUUAUAUUAUUGGAUAGAUUUUAAUUUAAUUGUUUGACAAAUUAUAAUUAUAUUUAACGAUUUAAAUUUGCAAGUGAAUUUAAAAACUUGUGUUACAAAUGCCAAUAUUA